AUGGAAGUGAAGGGCCGUAAAGUGAGAGCGACGAUCUGGGAUACAGCUGGCCAGGAACGUUUCAGAACACUGACGAGCAGUUAUUACCGUGGAGCUCAUGGGAUUAUUUUGGUUUAUGAUGUUACUUGUCAAAGCAGUUUCGAGAAUCUUCAAACGUGGCUCAGCGAGUGUGAAAAUUAUUGUACCGACCAGGCAGAGGAUAUUAUAAAACUCCUUGUAGCGAACAAGGUUGAUCUUCCAAACCGAGCUGUUUCAACGCAAGACGGUCAGAACUUUGCGAAGCAGCACGGGAUGUUGUACAUCGAAACGAGUGCAAAAGAGAACAUAGGCGUGAACCAAGUGUUUGAAGAAUUGGUAACAAAAGUUCUUGAAAGUCCGGUGUUAAUGGAGAGUCUCGGUUUUAAGCCAUCUGCAGCGACGAUCACUUUAACAGAGAAAGAGGAAGCUUCCCAGGGUUGCUAUUGUUAG